UGCUGCUAGAUGCUUCAAAAGAAAGAGCUCCAACAUGGCUCCACCUUGGAUUGUUGGAUUAGUGUGGCUGAUUUGCAGCUCCAUCACUCAAUGUGAGUCUGUCAAGGAAGCUAACGCAGUCCCUAAUAAGAGCUGUAACCGUCCAUCAUGUAUGAGAAAAACAUAUGACAUUCGCGAGGCUGUGUGCUGUGAGGAUCAACUUCAUACAGAGCCAGGACUGUCAUGUUGUGGAAAACAGCCUUUCAACCCUGCUCUAGCCACUUGCUGUCAAGUAACACUUGGAAGCACAUUAUCAGCCAAAGUAACACAGGAUUUAAGUGAAACAGUGUCAGCCUGCUGUGGACUGGAGGCUUACAACCCACUCAACCAAAUGUGCUGUGAUUCAGCCAUUGUAGCCAAACCUGUUCCGAUGGCUCACUGUUGUGGAAAAAGGGCUUAUGAUAAGGAAAAGCAGAUGUGCUGUGGGGCCGAGCCCAACAGGAUGGUCCUGACAAGCACGUCUAAUAACCACCGGUGCUGUUCUCACGAGCAGUUUGACACCAUGACUCACUGCUGCUGUGAAAUGCCUGAUGGUCUCAAAAUACAACCCAUUCUAUCAUCUUGCUGUGUGAAAGAGUCAGAAAUUCUGGCAAGCGUGACGAAAACUGCUCCAAAGGCCCAGUACUGUGAUAAAGACGCUUUUGAUCCGGACACACACCUGUGCUGCGGUCCGGAUCAGAAAAGGAAGAUCCUGCCCUGGAAGUCCAGCCACCACAAGUGCUGUGGUCAAGAGCAGUAUGACAGUAAGACUGAGUGCUGUUGUGAGACUGAAGUUCUCCAGAUAAAACCCAUCAAUUCCAUCUGCUGUGCACACGAGUUAGGUGUGCGCCCGCAGACACCGAUUCCUCAGCCCAAGUGCACUGAGCCACACACACGUGUCUGUGGUUCAUCAUGUUACAACCCCCAUGAAUUUCAGUGCUGUGAGAGAGAGCAUACAACACGUCACUUCAACUCAGACAGAUGUGAUGCCACCCCCACAGUGUAUGACCCACACACACAAGUCUGCUGCGAUGGAUGUUUAUCAAAGAAGGAGCCCUGGAUACAUCAAUGCUGUGGACAGACGGCGUAUGGCUUUGCAGAACGCAGAGUUCUGUGCUGUAACAGCACCUUGUACAAGGACAUAGAAGAUGGAGAGGAAUGUUCAGACGCCAAUAUUCCUUUUAAUCCUACUAAAGGGACUCUAUGUUGUUCUCAGUUUCAUGGCUCACCUGGACAACACUGCUGUGGGACAGAAACGUACCUGCCUCAACACGAGAUCUGCUGCGAUGGUCAUAGACAUCGUAAAGGUGAACACAUUCAUUGUUGUGGAAUUCACGCAUACAACAUUAAUGACCCGAGGAAGUGCUGUGCAGGGACACUCCAUAACCUGACAUCAUUAGGCAGCUACGGGAAAGACGCCCAGUGCUGCGGAUCCAUUCUUCAAAAGAACCAAGAUGUUUGCUGCUCAGGUGUGGACAAGGAGGUGCACUACUCUAAGAAGAGCGGACACAGAUGCUGCGGUCACCUCUACUAUGACACGUCUCUGUGGUCGUGCUGUGCCGAGAAGCUGAGUCCUUUACACCAACCAGGACAGGCCAAGAUGAAUGAUGAAUUCAGGUAUCUGUCAGUGAACAAUCUGAACUCUGAAGAUCUUCGCAAAGAAAUGAAUAUCGGGACCGUGGAAAGUGUAUCUCUGCACAGUGUCGUGUUCCGCGAUGUGAUGAAAAUUGACGCAGUGAGCUGCACUGCCAAAGCUUUGGCGUUGCCUUACAUCCUGAAAACACCUGAUCGUUGCAACAAACCUAAACUGAUCCCUGGCAGGACCUACUUCUUUGAUGAAGUUCAUGUCUUCCCUGGUUCCAUCCACAACCCUUUUCAGUGGCUCCAUUUAAUUAGUUCCAAAUGUCUUACCACUUUUUGACAUUGCGGUUUUUCUGCUGAAGAACAUAUUUGAAUAAUAUCAUCACUCAUCAUGUGGUUCUAUUCUCAGCAGUCGCACAGCGGAUACUCUUAACUAAGUGUGGGUGUAGAACAAAUCUAAGUUAUUUAACCGCUAUUUAUCAAGAGGAAGAAGAAUGCCUUAAAUUGUUGCAUCUGACCUCGCAGGUAAUCUGACCCGAAAGCAGACAUUAAGAAUAGUUUAUAGAAAAAGGCAAUUUUCUCCCUGAUUGUCUCAUUUAACGUUGUUGGUCAUUAAGAUGCAGUAAUAUUAGAACGAGACUGUUUCAUAACCAGUUAAAAACUCUUUGGCUUUAACUGCAGCCUCUUGUCAGAUAGCAUCAUCAUCACUGUUUCCUUUACGGACCACCCAGCCCCACGUUUUGUGUGACGAACUAUUUCUUCUUUUGUUACAUAACUAGUAGCGUUAGCACUUUUAAUGAGAACACCCAUGUGAAACACGAUGCAUGUCUUUUUUUUUUUUAAACUGUUCUCAAAGACUAUGAACCUGCCUUUAUUUAACAUCUCAUGGAGGAAUUGUAUUAUUGUUUACUUCUAUUAUCUACAGCUACUGAGUUUCACUUAGCAAUAACUGACCCUGCUUUUCACUGACGACAUCAAUCACUACUGUAUCGGUGCUUUACAUUGUGACGUAUUCAUAAGACUGCAGUAUUGUCUCAGAAUAUACAGGUAAAACCUCGAGCAGUAAAAGCUGUGUCCUCUGCUGAAAAGUUCAGUCUCCAAACUAAUGUUGAUUUCAUCUAAGCUAAACAGCUAUCGGUGAAUAUUUCUCAGAGUCACUCUUUAUUAGUUUAAUGCUAAUCUAAUUCUUAUAUUACUGUUUGUCUGCAUUUAUUGUUCCAUUUUAUCCUCAGUUGCAUUCAGAUUGCAUCAUUUUUUCAAGUGAGUGUCUGGGUCAUAGCGAGUCAUAGGAAACACAUCUUUGUGUUUGAUGCUUUAUUUUUCUUAGUCAUAAAACUAUUUAUACUACGAAUCAAAAAAUGUGUUAUAUUUUUAACAAAGGUGCUGUCUAGAGAAAACCUAAAUUUAGUGGAUUUAUACAUAUUCUAUUGCAUGUUGAUUUUUAAUAUGUUAAAAAAGCUUUGUGCCUGUUUCUGAUAAAUAAAACUGU